AUGCCAGCCAUCCUUGUGGCCUCCAACAUGAAGUCAGGACUCCCCAAACCGAUGCACAGCGCUCUGCCCAUCCCUCAAGUCCCCAGCAGGCCGUCAGCUCCCAGUCUGCCUGCUGCGGCACUAAAGACCCAAAUUCCCUCUCUGAACCAGCAGUUGGGUUCAGGACAUCCACGAGGCCCUGCAACGGUCACAGAGAUCAGGAGAAACGCUCAGAUCUACACAGACUGGGCCAACCACUACCUUGCCAAGUCAGGACACAAGCGUCUGAUCAAGGACCUUCAGACGGAUGUUGCAGAUGGAGUGCUCCUCGCUGAGAUUAUACAGGUCGUAGCCAAUGAGAAGAUUGACGACAUCAAUGGCUCCCCAAAGAGCCCCUCUCAGAUGAUUGCGAACAUUGACAUCUGCCUCAGUUUCCUGGCAGCCAAAGGAGUCAACACUCAGGGAUUGUCUGCAGAGGAAAUUCGCAAUGGCAAUCUAAAAGCCAUCCUCGGCCUCUUCUUCAGCCUGUCUCGGUUUAAACAGCAGCAGCAGCAGCAGCAGCAGUCGUCCCAGAGGCACAACACCCAGCCUCGGAGCUCGCACCCUCCCUUGAGCCAGCAGAGCAGUGCCCCAGUUCAGCUCAGCCAAUCUACGCAUGGGACUCCUGCCCCCACAGCCCAGAAAGUAGCACAGGCCGAGAUGCAGUCCAGACUUCCCGGUCUUUCAGCGAGGGUGUCCACUGCAGGCGGUGAUGUCCCUCCACGAGGCUCGGUCAGCGGUGUUGGGAACAGACGCAGCCAGGCCUUCAGUGACCCUAAGACCAAAGCCAGCUCACAGCUGAACAAAGAUUCCUCAGAGGGCAUGGCCUCACAGCCUUCGUUGAUAGCAAAUGAGAAUGUGGUACUGUCAUCAGUGAACGUCAGCUCCUCCGCAACCAUCCCCACCACCUCCACCCUGAUUCUGCCCACUUCGUCAUCCUCAUUCUCACCCUCCACCGCCAUUCCCCACCCCAACAGCAACAGCAAGGCCUGGAGGAACAAGUCCAUGAGCUCCAAGCACGCCUCUCAAGCUCCCUCCUCCACUAGCAGCCCUCCAUCUGCCAUGCAAUCAACAAAACAGGAGAAUGAGACCUCCUGUAAGGCUACAUUGGCAUCUGAAGCACCUCCUAAAGUCGUCACGCAAAAGUCAAUGCUAGAGAAGCUUAAGCUCUUUAACAGUAAAGGCUCUAAAUCCUCCUCCUCUUCGUCCAAUGGAGUAAGUGCCCAGAGUGACAAUGCUGCACCCAACAUGCAGCUUGUAGCUGGGCAGGUGGAGAGAGCUGAGACUGGCUCAAACACUGAACCGCUUGAGGAAGAUGACGGCAACCUCCGCCCGGGAAUGAAUGGAACCACGAAUGGAGCUGCUCCGUCAACCGGUAUUAAUGUUGCCAAUACAGCCAGCAGCCCCAAAAUUGCCUUGAGAGGCAUCGCCCAGCGCACUUUCAGCAGAGCUCUGACUGCCAAAAAGAGCUCCGCCAAAGGCACAGAGAAAGACAAAGAGCGGGGGAAGGAAAAGGAGAAAGGGAAGGAAGUGGGGAAACAUCUCUCCAUGCAGGACAGGACAGAACUCAGGGCAGAGGACCUGAAGGAGGAAUUGGCCCCUUUUGGGGGAGAUAUGGACAGCUCAAACAAAAAGACCUCAAAAAUUGCCAGCUUCAUUCCCAAAGGAGGUAAAGUUCACAAAAAGGAGAGCUCCACCUCUGCACACAGCGGAAUACCAAAGCCAGGAGGCAAAAUUCCAGGAAUUGGGGGCAAAGCCUCUUCAGUGGGGACAAAAGAGGCUGGGGAGAGACCACGGAGCAUGAGGCUAGGCGGUGGUCUGGCCAUGCACCGAGCUCAUUCGGAAAAGGACAGCAAAAGCGCUACCUCCAGCCACCACACUUCAGAGGGGAAGACUGGACCUGUGGGCAGCACAGGCAACACACAAAGCACAGCCAGCAACACAGUCAGCGUGCAGCUACCUCAGACCCAGCAGCACCACAGCCACCCCAACAUGGCCACCGUGGCACCUUUCAUGUAUAGAUCCCAAACUGAUGGCGAGGGAAUUCUUAGCAGUGAUUCCAGUUCAGUAGGAAGAGGUGGGGAUGUUACCUUCAGCAAGAACAACCAGCCCUCCAUCGAGGACCUUUCAGGUGAAGACCCAGAGACAAGGCGGUUGCGGACUGUUAAAAACAUUGCCGACCUGCGGCAGAACCUGGAGGAGACCAUGUCCAGCCUGCGAGGAACUCAGGUCUCACACAGCACCUUAGAAACCACUUUUGAUGGCGCCGUCACUACAGACAUCAACAGUGGCAGCAACAGCAGUGGAGGGGGGAGAAGCAUUUUAAGUCUCACCUCGACCAGGCCCUCCUUGACAUCAUGGCGAUUGGGUCAGUCCAGCCCUCGUCUUCAAGCGGGUGAUGCCCCUUCUACGGGUAAUGGAUACGCCGGCCGCGUGGCAGGUGGCCAAGGAGGACGCUACUUGUACCCGGGGCACCUCAGACGCCAGUUGGCGGGCAGGAGCGGGGGGCCCUGCAGCACGGACCUUGGAGACAGAACCGCCGAGGACGUAGACCUCGAUGGGCUCGCCCUCGAAGUCACUGGAUACAUGAGCGAUGGAGAUGUUCUGAGCAAGAAUGCAUCACGUACUGAUGAUGUCACCAGUGGCUACAUGACUGAUGGAGGUUUGGGUCUGUAUACACGACGCCUGAACCGGCUGCCCGACAGCAUGUCCGCUGUUCGAGAGACGUUGCAUCGAAAGGCAUCAUCUGGGCAGGGAGAUGCUGACAGUUGGGAUGACAGCAGCUCGGUGAGCAGUGGCAUCAGCGACAACAUCGACACAGAUGACAUCAACACUAGCUCCUGCAUCUCUUCCUUCGCCAACACACCUGCAGCACAGCGCAAGGGCCUCAGCACACAGCCUGUGACAGAUGCCGAGAAGCACUCGGUGUCCACAGCCGUGCACCAGGCCUGGUCAGGAGACGAGGUGAAGAAGCCAGACGGCGGUUCGGACGGCGGGGCCAAAAUGGAGCCGGGCUCCAAGUGGAGCCGUCGAAAUCCCUCUGACAUCUCUGAUGAGUCAGACAAGGGCGGAUCGGGGAGAAAGACCCCCUCUGUGUCCCACACUGGGUCCUGGAGAAGAGGCGUGAAUACUCAGGUGGGGGUAACACCCCCCCGGACCAAAAGCACCAGCAACACAUGCCCCACAAGCUCUGUCACCGUCAAAACCCACUCUUCAGGUAAAACAGAUGACGUCAAGGUUUCAGAAAAGGGUCGUCUCUCUCCACAUUCUAUCGGCCUUAACUGCUUGGCCUCUGAUGCUGCAGAUGAAGCAAAGAAACAAUCCCUCUGUACCAGCCACACAUCGACACCCAGCUCCCUCACACACACCCUUUCAGAGCCCCAGACACAUGCUUCCCGCACACCAACAAGCACAUUUGGCUUCAAGAAACAGGGCCAUGGCAUAGUAACCAUGGUAACCGCCAGUGGGGCCACCAUUACCAGUGGCUCAGCCACGCUGGGGAAAGUUCCAAAAUCUGGGGUACGCUCACUUGUAGGAUUGAAGGCAGGUGGGCAAGAUGGUGGGGUGCUGCUAGGCCACCACGAUGAUGGCUUCCUCCCUGCAAGUGCCCGCUCCAACCUUCAGUACCGCAGCCUCCCGAGGCCCGGUCGCUCAGGAGCGGCUGCCCGCAAUGGAAACCGCUCAUCCACCAGCAGCAUUGAAGCGACUGUGCUUUCAGUCACAUCACAUGGAAAAAAUGCAAUCAGCAUCGCCAAGGCCAAUGGUUCUGGAGGUCUUCUGGCCAAUCAGACGGAUCGGGAGAAGGGCAUCUCGGAUAUUGACAACUUCAGGAGCGGAGGAUCAGCAACUGUUCCUCUCACAGGAAGGCAGCAGGUUUCAUCACCAACACUACGCAGGUUGUUUGGUGGGAAGACCAACAAACAGGCUCCAGUCACCACGGCAGACAACAUGAAGAACUCCACUGUUAUCUCUAACCCCCAUGCUACCAUGAGUCAUGUGACCUCAAUGGUCGAGUCCUCUGAUGGAGGGCUGGGAGGCGUGGACAGCGAGACCAUCAGCCCUAUGUAUGGCGGCAGAGUCCCUGGGUCUGGCACGGGGACGCUGGGGAGCGAACAGGCCUCCAGUCCAGGCUCAAUCUACUCCUCCACUGGCCCCUCCAACAGUUUAACGUGGGGCACAACAUUCAGCAGCUCCUCUGCCCAGAGCAGGGAGAGCACUCUGGGUGGGCACGGCGGAACAGGCAGCGUGGGCUACCCCUCUGUCAGCAGCAUGCACACUAGCUCCGAGUCCAUUGACAUGAGCCUAGGCAGUGCAGGGGGAGGAGGAGGCCAUGGGACCCACAGGGAGGACACCCUGUCCGCCUUGGGACGCACUGGCAGCGUCAAGACGGGCGUGUCGGAAAGCCCCCUCUCCUCCCCCUCCGCUAGCCCUAAAUUCAGCCGAAACACUCUGCCACGGAAACAGGACAGUGGGCCACUCUGUGGCAGAAACACUCUGCCUAAGAAGGGACUCAGGUAUGGCCCACCCCCUCAACUGCGAGGCCAUGAGGAGGGCCGCGAUUGGCUGCGUUCCUACUCCACCAGUGGGCUGCAGGAAUCAACCAGUAACUCCCCCUUUUCCCCUGGCUCCAGCCUCACCUCCCCCUCUGGCACUCGCUUCAAUUUUGGACAGCUUGCGUCAAGCCCGACUUCAACGGCUCAGAUCAACCUGACCGGCCUGCGUAACAACAGUCUGACCAACCAGGAUGUCACCUUUGACCCUUGCAGCGACAACCGCCUGAGAAACUCUUGCAUGUCCCUCGAUGAGAAGACUCGCACCAUGAGCCGAUCAGGCUCUUUCCGGGAUGGCUUCGAGGAAGUUCAUGGCUCAUCCCUCUCUCUGGUCUCCAGCACCUCCUCCAUGUACUCCACGAAUGAGGAGAAGUCUCAGUCAGAGAUUCGCAAGUUACGCCGGGAGCUGGAUGCCUCCCAGGAGAAAGUUUCCGCCCUAACAACACAGUUGAGUGCCAACGCUCACCUGGUGGCGGCAUUUGAGCAGAGUUUGGGCAACAUGACCAUUAGGUUGAAGAGUCUCACCUUGACUGCUGAGCAAAAGGAUUCUGAGUUGAAUGAUCUGAGAAAGACGAUUGAGCUGCUGAAAAAGCAGAACGCUGUCGCUCAGGCAGCCAUCAGUGGCGUCAUAAACACCCCUGAGCUCACGCCUAAAAUGGACAGGACAGCUGGCAGUAAUGGCAGCCUUCACUACCAGCAGCAGCAUCAACAGCAACACCAACCAGACCUGCGAAUCAGGAGACAACACUCUUCAGACAGUGUCAGCAGUGUGGCCAGUGCUACCAGCCAUUCCAGCGUAGGUUCCAACAUGGACGCAGAUGCUAAAAAUAAGAAGAAAAACAAGAAGAAUUGGACAUUUUUGUGCACUGGAGGACAAGUCCGAGACGAUGACUUGCGAAGCUCCUUCAAGCAGGCGUUCAGCAAGAAGAAAUCUCCCAAAUCAGCUUCAUCUCACUCGGACAUUGAAGAGAUGACCGAUUCUUCGCUGCCCUCCUCCCCUAAACUGCCUCACAACAGCACCACCGCUACCAACCACAUGCUCAGGAACACACACUCCAACUCGCUAUUAUCGGAGUGUUUGGACAGUGAGGCGGAGACAGUGAUGCAGUUGCGGAGCGAGCUCAGGGAGAAGGAGAUGAAACUGACAGAUAUUCGUUUGGAAGCGCUCAGCUCCGCCCAUCAGCUCGACCAGCUACGGGAGGCCAUGAACCGUAUGCAGCUGGAGAUUGAAAAGCUGAAGGUGGAGAAUGACCGCUUGAAGCUGGAGAAUCAAGGAAGCAGGACGGGGUCUCAAGCCUCCAUCUCCUCCUCGCCUCCCCAUCACACACACAGCCAGGCCCCGGGACCCAAUGUGGGAAUCUCACAGCACACCCUGAACCUUGCCACCAGCGAGUCCACCAGUCUGGACAUGCUGUUGGAUGACACAGGUGGAGAAGGGAUAAUGAGGAAGGAGGGUCGUCGUGUAAAGAUCGUUGUCAGCCUUGACGAGGACGGUUUGUGGGGGCAGGAGGCUCAGUCUUCUAGCUUUCUGAUUGGGUGCAUCGGUGUCAGUGGUAAGACCAAAUGGGAUGUGUUGGAUGGAGUGGUUCGGCGCCUUUUCAAGGAAUAUAUCACCCAUGUGGACCCGGGAAGCCAGCUGGGCCUAAGUUCAGACAGCGUGGAGGGAUACAACAUUGGAGAAAUCCACCGGCCCCGGAGCCCCAGCGCCGCCCACACCCCCGAGCUGCUACCUUGUGGCUACCUGGUGGGAGACAGCAACACCAUUAACAUCCAGCUCAAAGGCGUGAGCAGUGACAGCGUGGACUCGCUGGUGUUUGACACCCUCAUCCCAAAGCCGAUGCUGCAGCGCUACGUCUCCCUGCUGAGGGAGCACCGGCGGGUCAUCCUGUCAGGGCCCAGCGGGACAGGAAAGACAUAUCUGGCCAAUCAGCUGUCUCGACACUUCCUGCUUCUAGAGGGCCGACCUUUAACCCCUCAUGCUGUUGUCACUUUCAACGUGGACCACAAAUCCAGCAAGGAGCUUCGGCAGUAUCUGUCAGGAUUAGUUGAGCAGUGCAGCGGGGUGGUGGACGUUGAGAGCCCUCUAGUGGUCAUCCUGGACAACUUGCACCACGUCAGCUCCUUGGGCGAGAUCUUCAACGGCGUCUUCAACAGCAGCCACGACCACAGCCCAUAUAUUAUCGGCACCAUGAGUCAAGCUACCUCAUCUGCGCCCAACUUGCAGCUUCACCACAACUUCAAGUGGGUGCUGUGCGCCAACCACACAGAGCCAGUCAAAGGCUUCCUGGGUCGCUUCCUACGGAGGAAGCUGAUUGAGAUGGAAAUCGGCAGUCGAACGCGCAACAUGGAGGUGGUGAAGAUCAUUGACUGGAUCCCGAGGGUGUGGCACCAUCUCAACCGUUUUUUGGAGACACACAGCUCCUCAGACGUGACCAUAGGUCCUCGUCUCUUCCUGUCUUGUCCUAUUGAUGUGGAGGGAUCAAGAGUUUGGUUCACUGAUCUCUGGAAUUACUCCAUCAUUCCCUACAUGCUGGAGGCUGUUCGAGAGGGAUUACAGUUGUACGGCCGGCGGGCUGCGUGGGAGGACCCGGCCACCUGGGUGACUGACACCUACCCGUGGUCGGCUACGCCCGCUCCAGCUGAUUGGCCCCCGCUGCUGCAGCUGCGCCCAGAGGACGUGGGAUUUGAUGGCUACUCGGCCCCAAGAGAAGGUGUCCGGAAAGAGCCGCCUCAGAGCGACAGUGACCCAGACCCACUGAUGAACAUGCUGAUGCGGCUGAAGGAGGCAGCGACGUCGUCGAGCCCUCCGAGCUACGACAGUGACUCCAACAGCAACAGUCACCAGGACGACAUCUUGGACUCCUCACUGGAGUCCACCCUGUGACGCCUUCCAGACGCGACUCGUGCGAUCUGUCGUCAAGACCGUCCACGCUAAUGGUCUACUCUCACUGUGAGAACUUGAGUCUCACAUCAUGCCACAAAAUCCAGCCACCUUAAUUUGGGUGCAGGCAACCCAAAUAUUUAUAAAAGAAACAGAUGCGUUUCAGAGGACACGUUUUUGCUGCACUGUUGUUUUAUUUGUGUUUUGGUUUGGUUUUCACCACUGUGGCCCAUGGCUCCUCUGUGAAGGAGCUUAACAUCAGCGUCAGACAGAAGAAAAGCACACAGCCUGCCAAUGUUUAAGGCAUCAUUACGAUCAGCACCAGCCAUCAGUCAACUCAUACCGCCUUUCCCCCCCAAUUGAGUCGCAUCAUAAGGCGGCAGUGCAUCCAGCAGGCCUGCAGGUGGCGACACCUGCUCUGCAUCUCCUCCCAGACUGAAAGGUUUACUGGCCAGUGUGCAACUGCACUUCAAACUUGACACUAUUGCACCACUUUAAAUUCAUUCAGAUUGACUAUUUUUAUGUGCAUGAUGAUGAUGUAGCAAAGAAGCCAGCAAAGACUGUAGCAAAACAAAAAAAAAGUGCAUCUGGGGAAAAAAAUACAUAUAUAAGUAAUGAGACCACAAAAAGAAGUGAAAAAGACCUAAUAUACUAAUCAUUGGACAGAACUUACAUUGAUUCCAUGUUUACUGUCAUGUCCUUCUGCAUGUUCUGUUUAAUAAUUACGCUUUUACCUCCACACAAGUUCUUGCUCUGACUCCAUAAUACCUUCACGGUCAUUCGUAGCACAAAAAUCUCUCGGUGCUGUACUAAGUUCAAACAAAAAUGCCUUACUUUUUUUUUUGUAACAAAUGUUCUUUGAUUCUUGGUCUCAAAGGCUGUCAACACAGAGGGCUCCGAGUCGACUUUCUUUCCAAAGUGUUUGAGGAGAAGUGUCGGCAGUUCAUCGAUACCAAUACUGCGUGAAUGAAAAGAAUGAGUGAAUAAGUUGGAUUUGUUGCAUACAUGGCCCGUUGAAGAGAAGUUGGCGAAAAUACGAAAAGGCCACUACAGUAUAUAUAGAAUAUGCUUGCUGUUCCAAGUCAAACGUGGAGUGUUUGAGAGAAAAACGUUAGAGGUUUGUUGUACCUUAUACCUCAUCCCAUCCUGUAACAGUCUUUGAUCACACACUGUUUUGAUUAUCUGAAAUUUUAGAGGGGAGUUUGGAAACAGUGUAUAUGCUGCUUUGUUUAUAUGUAUUAUUAUAACUGACGUGGAGGUUAAAUGUAUUCAAAUACAUGGGGUUUAAAGAUAAUGUAAGAAGACUAUUGUAUAUUGUUUUGAAACCUCACAGCUGCCUUUGAUAGGUUGGGCGGACAAGCAGUUGAGUCGCGUCGCCCAGCACAGCUUCAAUCCAAUGUCAGAGUUUUUGUCACGGAUUCUAUGCAACAUUCAUCGGGCUCUUCAGUGGAAGCCAAAAGCUUGAAUGUGCACUGAGAGAGCGAAGGAGACGUGCAGCAUGGAAGCGCGUCACAUUCGCAUCGCGUGUGUUUGUCUGAGCCCUCGUAAGCACAAAAGACACUUGAGAGGUGUUGAUCUUGUUCAAGCAUUUAAGUAGUGUGUCAGUUUUUUUUUGUUUUGUUUUGUUUUUUUUUUACUUACAAGCUCAAUGAAUGUUUAGCCUACUUUGCUAUGUAACAUACUGUAACUUUGGAAAUAGUUCAUGAUAUUUCAGCGUUUUGGACUACACUUUUCUAGCUGAUUUGUUACAGUACUUGAAAAGGAGUAUUUUGUGUACAGUCUCUUUACAUCUGAGCACGUUGGUGCUUUUUGUCAUCUCUGAGAUUCUGAUAUCACUGUUCUAGUCUUAAGUUAUUGUGGUUCAAUUAAAAAAUGAUUAUUUAUGGUUGGAUUCGGUAUCACUGUUUACUUUUUUUAACGACACAGGCACUCAAUUGUAUACUGAACAUGUUUAUUUGGUAUUUGUACAAAAAGUGAAAUGAACAUAUAUACACCGCAUAAUACAACAUAUGUAUUAAACAAAUUCAUAUAAAUUAUUAAUGAAAUAGCUACAUCUUUGUCAAUAAACAACUCUAUUUA